GCGUAUCCUUACCCAGAACGUCACCCACCGCGAUCACCCAGGGCGGCCCGCCACGUGCUGCCUCGGUUUGAUGGGCGCUACAAGUGGUUCUUAUCCACGUCCACAAGAUGUUGCACCUAUUCCAGAGAGUGGCUGCUCACAUAUGUACUUUGCAAAGACCGACAUUGACUGCAGCGCGACGCGGUCUUCAUACUCGAAUUUCUGUCAAACACAGCGUCAGCUACAGGCCCUUAAUAUGGGGCUCAGCCUUGGCACUUUCUGCAGCAGUUGCUGUGGGCUCAUCAGUCCAUCUGGACGCGGACGUCCCACCACAGGGAGAUACGACCAGUAUGUGGCUUCUUGUCUCCAUAGUUAUUUUUCUGACUGUGGUGCAGCUGACCCUGCCACCGCGAUUACUUUUCCGAACAAGCUUCGCAUCCAGUCUAAGACACCCCUUCCUACCUUCACACUUGUAGGUGUAGGCGUCAGGACCGUUUCUUUCAUUGGUCUCAAAGUUUACUCCAUUGGGUUCUAUGCUGACCUGGACAACCCCAAUCUCAAUAUAUCUAAAUCUGCGUCGCUGGAAGAGAAACUCGACCAUAUAGUGCGAAAUUCGGCCUGCGUAUUGCGAAUAAUGCCUACUCGGUCAACUUCCUAUGGACACCUCCGUGAUGGCUUCAUCCGCGCACUUCAAAAACGUAUGGUCUUUUGUCGGCAACGAGGCACACUUUCUCCUGAAGAAGAAGCUGCGGUUCAGUCUCCUUUUCGCAAGUUCAAGUCGAUGUUUCCCAAUACUCCUUUAACAAAGCACACCCCUCUGGACAUUCUGCUGACACCUCCCGAGGCUGGUCAAGAACGGACGCUCGUUGUUCGUGACCUUGGUGCCGUGCAGAAUGAUUGGCUUGCUAGAGAAUUUGUGUUAACAUACUUCGAAGGCGAUGGCCUCAGCCCCCCGCUAAAACAGUCAGUUGCGCAGCGACUGGAGAGCUUUGGGAAAUAGUUCUAUUCCUCUUUUAUGAGUCUUGUUCUUGCUUAACAUGUUCUUCUAUUCAUUGAAAUGAUCAAAUCAGUGUGUCGAUUCGUUACCUAUAUCUUGAUAUUGUUUAGAAAUUUGCCUUUUGUGAAUCCCGUUUAGCUCAGCUGGUAGAGCGCGUCACUAGUAUUUAGUAAUGACGAGGUCAGUCGUUCAAGUCGGCUAAUGGGAACUUUUUUUGCUUC